AUGAACAAGCCGAAGAUGAUUCAAGCAGCUGAGCAGAACCAUUCGUUAUUGACUUUGUUCUCCCUGCUGUUUCAUUCCAAAAAUGAUCCGUUAAAAAUAUCACGACAAUUUGUUCAUUCUGUGUUGUCAUCGAUGAUGACUAAUGUAACAGUUUCAACCUUAAAAUUAUUCAAAGAAUGCUUGCCACAUGUGAUGGUGAACAAGAGUUUCGGAAUUUCCAACAACGAAGCUUUCUUUCCUAUUAAAUAUGACAAGUGA